CUGCCCCGCGAGGAAAGCUUGAAUGGAGCGACUCUGACCCACAUUAGAAGUUUGUUUUGACCGUGGUCGGAGGAGGAAUGCGUUAAAAGUGCUCCGCCUCCUCCAAGGCGCGCACUUCAUUAUCGUCGUUUAAAAAGCUGCAGUUUGAUUCUAAUUAAGGGGUUGAUUCAACUACCGAAAUUAAUUACCGCGCGCACCCCGCCAGCAAGAGGCAGCGGGGGGAGGAAUGGAGGGAGGGGUGGCACCCCUGCGCGUCCCCGAUCGCCCCUUCCACCAGAGGCUGUCGGCGUCCCUGCGUUUUUUAAAUACAACAGGGUGCGUGACGGCCGAGUCACUCGCUCUUCUGCUCUCGUGUGCACCGCUUCGUGCCGCUCUCCCUCCGCAUCUGUUCUCUCACGUGCACUUCGAUUCGAUUCGUGUACUGUGUCACACACGUCAUGGCAAUUCCUGUGGAUACGAACACCGAGCUGCUCGAGGAGCAGUACCGCCGCCUCGAAAGGAUUCUCUACGAGUUGUACCUGGUUUUGAGGGCCCUGAUGGAACCUCAAGUUCAGACCCCGGCACUUCCAAACCAUCAGGGAUCACCAAGAGGUGGCUCAGGUGGCGGAUCCCGUCGUAGCAGACGUCGACCUCAUUCGUCCCGCGGUCGCCGUUUUUCUCCCAGUGGCUCAACCGGCUCCAACCAGCAGAGUGGCUCGCAGAACCCCCCGCCCCCGCCGCCUCCAACCUCUGGCAACCAAGCGGCCACCACUGUGCUCCUCAACCUUGCCAACCGCGGACAUCUGGGAAACCAACCCUUCCUCCAGAAGCAAUCUUCACCGUGCACUAAAAACGUGGAGAGUUCAGUGGAGUGGGGAACAGUCGGAUUUGAACUGAAAAACAUCGCUAACUCGAUCAACGCCGGCGAAAAGAGCCAGGGUCUUUCACCCCUCAUGCCGAGUUCCCAAAACAAGACUCCCUCCUCAUCAGGGUCGAGCCUGAAAUUGGUGACUCUCGCCCUGUCGCUCAUGCUGAGCCGGAACUGGUCGUUGGACUGAAUCAGUUUUCAGACAAUCUGCGAAUGUACAUAAAAAGACUUAUGGGGCGCUCAGCUGACACCGCAGUGUUCAUGUUCCUCGGGGGAGGGAAAUUUUGUAAUUUAAUAUUUGUGAAACUCGCAACUGGUGGACCAGAAUUAAUUUUCUACAUAAUCUACCAAAUCUUUUGAUUAGGAAUGUUAAAAAUAGAUUUUACAUGUUCACUCGGUUCUUUCAUGGUCUGAUGUAACGCGAAAACGCCAUUUCAACUACUUUGUACAAAGUUGCUAUUAAAUUUGUAUGAAAAAAAAUAAUUGAGAGUAAAUUAUAAUAUA